AUGACGGAAAUGCGUGUGGGGGUGGCAGAGAGCGGCGGGCAGGCCUGGGGGGACCCGCGGGGAUCCCCGCCGGGCCGCGGCGGAGGCCUCAGGGCUGAGGGCGGACUGUCCCGGGACAGCUUCGGGAGGCUGAGCCCUUCCGAGCAGUGGGGGACGACUGUGGAGAGAGGGGGCGGUGGGCUGGGAGCGUCCCUGGCUGGGCACGGGGGGUUCAGCUCCCCCUCGCAGUGGGACACGUCCAUAGAGAGGAGCGGGGGCCUGGGGGCGGACAGGGCCGGGGAGCUGAGCUCUGCGUCCCGCUGGGACACGUCCAGAGACGUUCCAGAGCACGGCCGGGGCAUCAGCCAGGGGCUGGGGGCCACCCUGGAUGGCUUUCGGGGCUCCUCACUACAGUGGGGCGCCUCAGAGAGGAGCGGGGGGCUCAGCAGUGGCCUGAGACCGACCCUGGACAGGUUUCGGGGCUCAAACUCCACAUCGCAGUGGAGCCCCUCAGCAGAGAGGAGCGGGGGGCUCGGCAGCCGCGCUGCCUCGGGGGGGGGGGGCGGGGGGCUCGGCAGCCGCGCUGCCUCGGGGUUGGAUGGGCUGGGGGGGCUGAGCUCCACACCCUACUGGGGCUCCUCGGCAGCCUCCAAACCCCUCCCCAGCGAGGAGAAGCCCAGGAGCCACUGGGGGACAUCGGGAGGGGGAAUUGGGGCGCAGAGCUCCCGGGGCGCAGCGGCAGAGAGGAAGGGACCCUCCUCCAGCACCUGGUGGAGACGGGAGAGCGAGGUGACCCCCAGCACCCAGUGGGGCUCCUCAGCGGCCCCGGGGCGGUUCAGCAGCUUUUUCAGGAGAGGGAAGGAGGAGCUGGCUACCAGCAUUGGGAGGGAGGCAGAGCAGGAGGCGGGCAGCCGGGCUGGGGGGCUGAUCCGGCGCUUCCCGUGGCGAGCGGCCAGCGAUGGGGGCCAGGGAGUGACCCCGCGCUCGGCCCUGCUGCGCUCGGCGCCCAGGCAGCAGCAGGAGGGAAGGAGGAAAGGUUUGGAGUAUUACCUGUCCCAGUUCCUGUGCCUCGCCAGCCUCGUGCUGCUCCUGAUUUUUCUGGGCAUCCUGAUGGUGAAGAUGGUUGGGUCAGGCUGGCUGGACGGGACAGAGGAGAGAUUUAAUCUCUUGCCUGUGGAUUGUGACAAAAGCACGGAUGAUUUCUGCCAGGCCAAGCACAAGGACGUGACCAUGGCUGUGCUGCACGAGCUCUACAAUUACCUGUCUGUGCAGGCAGGUAAUUUUGAAUGUGGAAACCCUGAGAACCUAAAAAGCAAAUGCAUCUGGGUUAGUGAGGCGAAGGAUCACGUGCUGAACAUAACUGGCAGUUCCACACAGAAGUUUAAAGCUGCCCUGGACUGGAUACUGAACAGCAACAAGGACUUGGGAAUUCGGUUGAAAGGCAGGGACAUGUCAGAGCCAGUUUCCAGUGUGGAGGAAGUGUUCUGCCUGGAGUCUGCCCACCCCCAGAUGGGGCUGGGCUGCCGCUUCCGCCGGGCCGUGGUCACGGCCAUCACCAACGUCUUCCUCUUCUUCUGGGGUCUGAUAACCCUUUGGGGGAUCCUGCUCUACCUCCGGUACCGCUGGCGGAAGAUGGAGGAGGAGGAACAAGCCAUGUAUGACAUGGUGAAGAAGAUCAUAGCUGUUGUCCAGGACCACUACAAGGAAUGGGAGAGGAAUCUGGAGCGUUACCCCUACGUUGGCAUCUUCCACGUCAGGGACAGCCUGAUCCCCCCUCAGAGAAGAAAAAAGAUGAAGAGGGUGUGGGAGAGAGCAGUGGAUUUCCUGGCCUCCAACGAGUCGAGGAUCCAGACAGAAUCCCACAGAGUGGCAGGGGAGGACAUGCUGGUGUGGAGAUGGACUCAGCCCUCCUACCUGUCAGACUCAGAGCACUGAGGGCAGCAGGAGCAGCAGCCACGGGUCAGGCUGGGGCCGUGGAGCCUGUGCAGGGCUCAGGGCCCCGCUGGUGGUGGGAGGAGCAGGGCCUGGCCUGAGGGUUGGAUUUGCACGGCGCUGUUUGCUCUCACUGAAACUCUCCAAACAACAAACGUUCAGGGCAAUACUGGCUUGGAAAGAAGAUGGGCUUGAGCUGGUGGGAAGCUGGAAUUGCACCAAAGUGAGCCUUCCACAGAGACCUGGCUCCCGUGGCAAGCAAACAACAACCUGCAAAGAAUAACUGCACACCCCUCUGGAGGGCUGGGGGUGCAACAUUUCACCUCAGUUCUGCCAAGGCCAACUGGUGGCAGAGCCCAUCUGAAAGAGAAACAUUUCCCAUGGAAACAUUAGGGUGGCAGUGCAGGCGUGUCUCUGUUUGUGUUUGUUUCAAUCAGUGCAAAGACAGCGAGGAAGCACUCGCUGCUUCCCAGCGAGGAAAAAUGUUUCUUGUUGGCUUCAUCCAUCCAAAAUUGGGGAGAGGGGGAACUGGGGGAAGCUGGGCCUGGAGAGAGGGGGGAGCCUGACGUGCCUUGGUGGUUUGGGCUGGGCUGGGGGUGGUGGAGGAGAGUUUGUGACCCUGUUACACUUUUAAGUCUGCAGUCUGUGUGCUUUAUUAUUUUCUGGGGGCGUGAGGGGGGGGGGAAUUUGGGUGGAAAAUAAAGGAUAUAGGAAGCUUCUAAAGGUGCUUUCCUGUGGCUGCAGGAGGGCUCCGUUGGUGUUUGAGCUGGGCAGCUGCAGUGUCUGUGUUUGUGUCAGAGCAGGGAU